AUGGCGCCCAAGCAGCUCAAUUUCAUAACUGGCAACAAGAACAAACUAGCCGAAGUUCAAGCAAUCCUCGCCCCCACUGGCGUAGACCUCUCAAACCAAUCGGUAGACUUGCUUGAAAUCCAAGGCACGAUUGAGGAGAUUUCAAAGGACAAAUGCCGCAGGGCGGCAGACACGGUUGGUGGCCCGGUCCUGGUGGAAGACACAUGCUUGUGCUUCGACGCCUUCGAUGAACUCCCAGGCCCAUAUGUCAAGUGGUUCUUGAAGUCGCUCGGUGUCCAGCAAUUUCACAAGCUUCUCGCUGGAUUUGACGACAAGGGCGCCCAGGCUGUGUGCACAUUCGCAUACUCUGAAGGUCCUGGCCACGAACCCAUCGUUUUCCAGGGAAGGACCAAGGGUAAGAUUGUCGAGGCCCGUGGUCCCACUGAUUUCGGUUGGGAUGCAUGCUUCGAGUAUGAGGGCCAAACAUAUGCCGAGAUGCCCAAGGCCGAGAAAAACAAGAUCUCGCAUCGCGGAAAGGCUUUGGCCAAACUGACCGAGUGGCUUGACGCACACACGGAGUAA